AACGCACGGGCUCAAAUCUCUAAAGAAAGACUCGUUUCCUUUCUCUUGCUUCACAAACGCCAAACCCUCCACACACACCAAGUGCAGUCGCAAUUGAAACACUUCACAUCUCUCUACUCAAGUCAGGCGAUUUCCGCAAACACAUCCGAGGACAUCCAGCCUUAUCAAUACCGAAAGCUCGAUAUCAAUCAACCUGAGGACAUUAGCAAUAUUUUACACAACCUGAACACAAUUUGCGAACGGCACCACCUGGCUUGAAAUCAUGUCUGGACCACCACGAGGACGAGGUAGGGGUCGAGGAAGGGGUCGAGGCGGCCAAGGCUUUGGACAGCAACAAUACCAAGAUGGCGAUCAAUCGAUGUCUGACGCAAGGCCCUUCUUUCCACGCGGACGUGGUCGAGGCUACCAAGGCGGUCAGAACCACCAGCAGCGUCCUUUUGAUGGCGAAGGAGACGAAGCAAUGUACGAUGCAAACACGUCACGUGGUCGAGGGCGAGGACGAGGGCGAGGCCCACGAGGCGGUCACGAUCAUUACCAGCCGCCUCACCAACGCGAACAUAAACCCGCAAACGCCGACCGAUUGGAGCCAACAAAUCCGGCCGUUCAACUCAUGAAAGAUUUCCUCGGACGACGCUAUGAUGCAGCAAACAAGCUGCUCAAUCUCUCUAGUAUCGUUAGUGAUCAAGCGAUUCUUGAAUCCGGCAUGUUUGCUACAGAAUCGACGCAGAAAAAGUUCUUUCCCGCGCUUAUGAUCGUUUGCGACGACAUGCUGGAAACUCAAGAAGCAAAAGAGGAGGCGAUCCAGAGCGUUACGCUAAGCGGCAACGGCCUCCCGAACCUCAACGCAGUCUACAAACUUUGCUGGCAGCUAAACCACAUCAAGAACCUGGAUCUGAGCAAUAACGCAUUUGCCAACAUAGAAGCGUUGAAACCAUGGAAGCAGCGAUUCAAGAAUCUCGAGCACCUCAUUGUCGAUCCAUUCCCGGUUAGUGGAUGGGAAGAGGAGUUGACGUCGUGGUUCCCAAGGCUGAAGAUCCUAAACGACACCCAAGUCCGUGGCGGCGACAACAUGCCUUCGUUACCAGCACCCAUAUCCGCUCCAGUACCGGCAAUCACCGACCCGGAGCAGCAGAGGAAAGAAGAAAUGCUGCUCUACGUCCAGCAACAAACCAAUCUCAAGCGCGACUACGCGCUGCAGUGCUUGGAGGCAGCGCAGUGGAAUAUUGAGCAAGCGGGUGUGCUCUUCACACAGAGUCAAGCGACUCUUCCACCUGAGGCGUACAACUAGGUGAUGCACGCUAGCGUAGGGAUGGAAAUUUGCGAGGCACAAGAGAAGGAACCAGGUUGACAGGUGGUUUUAGACUCGGGCAAGGAAUCUAUUCAUUUAAAUCAUGCCAUUCGCGUUUGCAUGGCAUGGCACGGUAUGGCAGAUGCCCGCAGCGUGGCGUUGGUUAUGCGGGGGGAUCUUUGUGUAAACUCGACUCGCCUCGGCGAACUUGUAUUUUUUUCCAGGCGGUAAAUAUACCCACCAGCAAUAACAAGAUCAUGAAUAUGAACAUGAAUUCCAAG